AGGUGGUAGUACUCAUAGUUGUUUUGAAAAGCUGGAAGAUAUGGAAGACGACCAAGUGCGGUACAGCCGUAGACUGAGGAGCACCCUCCGUCGUCGAUAUGAGGAUGAUGGCAUCUCAGAUGAGGAGAUUGAGGGCAAAAGAACAUUUGACUUGGAGGAGAAACUUUAUAGCCCAAAGUACAACACUGACUUUAUCAUCUACAUGGAGGGAAAAGACUUCAAUAUGAGGUACGUUCAGGAAUGCGGACUCAGGGACCCGCUGAUAUUUAAAAGUUCUGAAGGGCUUGGCAUCAGAAUGCCAGAUCCUGACUUUAGUGUGAAUGAUGUGAAGGUGUUUGUAGGGGGAAAACGUAUUGUAGACGUGAUGGACGUUGGCACCCAAAGAGGAAUAGAGAUGACAAUGGCACAAUGGGCAAAAUAUUAUGAAACCCCAGAUGAAGAAAGAGAAAAAUUAUAUAAUGUCAUCAGCCUGGAGUUUAGCCACACCAAGCUGGAGAAUCUGGUGCAAAGACCUGCAACGGUGGAUCAGAUAGACUGGGUGGACAACAUUUGGCCAAGGCAUUUAAAGGAUAGACAGACUGAAUCCACCAACGUCAUCCAGGAAAUGCAAUACCCCAAGGUGCAGAAAUACUGCCUUAUGAGUGUGCGGGGCUGUUACACUGAUUUCCAUGUGGACUUUGGUGGCACCUCUGUAUGGUACCACAUUCUCAGAGGAGGAAAGGUUUUCUGGCUAAUACCUCCUACAGACAAAAAUCUGGAAAUGUAUGAGAAUUGGCUGUUGUCGGGGAAACAAGGCGAUAUUUUCCUGGGCGACAAAGUGAAUGAAUGCCAACGUGUGGAAUUAAAACAAGGCUACACCUUUGUCAUUCCUUCAGGUUGGAUCCAUGCAGUAUACACUCCUCAGGAUACUCUGGUUUUUGGAGGGAAUUUUCUACAUAGUUUCAACAUCCCCAUGCAGCUUCGGAUAUACAACGUUGAAGACAGAACAAGGGUCCCCACAAAGUUUCGCUACCCAUUCUACUAUGAGAUGUGCUGGUAUGUGUUGGAGAGAUAUGUCUACUGCAUGACCAAACAAUCACACCUCACCAAGGACUUUCAGAGGGAGUCGCUGAGUAUAGACUUGGAGUUAAAUGGCCGCCGGAGACCAGACACACCCUCUUCAUCUUCAUCUUCCUCCUCUUCAUCUUCCCCCUCUUCUUCAUCCUCUGAAUAUGAUGACUCAUCCGAUCAGGAUUGGGAGGAAGAAGAGGGCUUAAGGAAAAGAGACAGAGAGAGAAGGAAAUCUGAGCGGGAUCUUCAAAGGAGGAGAGAAAGGGAACGACGGCAGAGGGAGCAUGAGGAAGAGCGCAAGGAGGAAAGGGUGCUCCUUUCUAACUUUCAGACUGCACACCGGCCUCUCACGCCACCUCCACCUACCCCUCCCUCACCACCCAGCAACACACCUCCAUGUUUGACAUGGUUUGAGCUUGAAGGCUUACUCUGCCUUGUUAAGAAGCUUGAAUCUCUCCCCCCA